AUGGCGAGGUGCAGUACUAGUGUGCCCCAGAACACAGAGAGAAGGCCCAGCGAUCCUAAUAGCCAGUUAGGUCAAGAAACUCAAAGGCAGCAGCAACACGAACCAUUUGCGGCACCACUCGUACUGCCACCUCUGCAACCCCAGCUCUCCCCUCUCGAAAAUAAUGGAUGCAAGCCGUGGACCACAAGUGAUGAUAGACUAAUGAUGGCCUGUAUUUGUUCGGGCGUCAGGUACAUGGGAGGUCGGUGUUGUCAGAAUAUCGCCAAGGGACACCAUAUCAAUCUGGCCAGGGAACACCGUAUCAAGGGACAUCAUCAGCACAAGGGACACCAUACAACAAUGGGGUUUAACAUUGCCGGAGGUCGUAGCUCAAAUGCACCGACUAAAACCUCAAUCUUGGAGCGUCUUGACGCAGCGGAAAAGAAGAUCGAGAAGCUCGAAAAUGAAGGUGCAGACAAGGGCAAACCUCCCAAGAAGGCUGCGACCCCGAACAUUUCGAACGAGCAUCCAAUCUUGGAAGACCCGUCGCUUGGCAAGGCGAAGCGAGUAGAAGUGUUGAUAGCUAUCAAACCGUUACCGAACAGAGAACCAUUUGAGAUCUCGGAAAAUUUGAUUCCACUGUCGAUGCAAAAUUUGUUCCAGUCUGUGUCUAACUGCAGUGAGUGCACGGGGGCUUACUUCAUCAUCGACCAGCAGACCUCACGGGAUGAUUCGGCGCACAUUAGGGAAGCGAGUACUAGUGCAGAUGUCUCAUAA